AUGGAGGGCGACCGCGACGAUGACGACCCGCUCCUGCCAGUGGGCCUAUGGACGAGCCUGCAGCAGGGCCGCGGCACCGACGGCGAGGGGCGAUACGGCCACGCCGCUGUACUCGUCGCCGCCGCCGUUCCGCCAGGGGGCGGGAAAGCCGCCCGUUCAGAGCAGCAGCAGCCCACCCUCGUGGUGGUGGGCGGGGCCGAUGGGGCGGGCGGGUUCGGGGGUGGCCUUGUGGUGAGCGUGUUCGACCUGCGGCGCCGCCGGUGGGCCGCCAUGAAGGGCCCGUCGGGGCCUGCGCCGCCUGCCCGCCACUUCCACGCGGUGGUGGCGAUUCAGAGCAGCAGCAGCAGCCUCGGCGGUGGCGGCGGCGUCGUGGACGAGGUGUGGGUCUACGGUGGCAAGUCGAACGGGUACCACAACGACCUGGCCACCUAUGCGCCGCCUCCCCACCACGCCUGGCUCCGCCCCUCGUCGCCCGCGCCACCCCCGCCGGGCCUCCUCGCACGCUACGGUCACUCUGCCAUCGCCUUCGGCCGCCACCUCUACGUCUUCGGUGGCUACGACCAGGCAGACUCGGUGCGGGUGGAGGGCCUCGCGCGCUACCAUCACACGGCGGUGGUGCACGACCGGUCCAUGUUCGUGUGGGGCGGCAAGUCCGCCACAGGCAAUUGCGGCGCCGAGCUGUACGAGUACCACUUUGACACGGGGCGGUGGGGCGCGGUUCACACGCGGGGCCUUCCGCCCUCCCCGCGGUGGGGCCACACGGCCGUGGCGGACCGGCGGGCCAUGUACAUUUUUGGCGGCACCGACGGCGCCACCGUCUACAACCACCUCCACGCCUACUCCUUCCUUACGCGCACGUGGUCGCAGGUUACAUACGAGGAGGGCGCAGUACCCGCCCCGCGCUACUUCCACGCCUGCGCCGGCUGGGGAGACACACUGUACGUGGUGGGGGGCAAGGACAAGCGGGACGAGUGCUGGCUCGACGUGUGGGCCUACCGUUCCUCGGCCUUCGACUUUGGCCCCGCAGAUGGCGGGGAGCACGUGCCGCGCACCACCCAGCAGCAGCAGCCCAAGGCGGCCGAGAAGAAGAAAGGGCGGGGCAAGGGCGAAGAUGCGGCCCACCCACCGCGACCCAAACCGACCGGCUCCUCCUCGGGAGCGGGGGCGGGGGCGGGGGCGGCCAUUCGCCUCAAGUGCCACUGGGAGGAGGAGAUACGCUUGGAGAUAGAGUACGGUCAUGCGUGUCCUCCCGACGCCCAGCUGGCCAUCCAAUAUCGGGACCAGGAGGGGGACUUGAUCACCGUCCGCUCGGAGCCGGACCUGCGGGAGGCAUUCGAGCAUCUGGGGCUGCGCCGGUUUGCAGCAGCUGCGGGGCCGCCUCCCACCCUCAAGCUCUACCUCAACUUCGCUCCUGCCCGGCCUUCACGUUCCUCCCUGGGGGGCGGCGGCGGCGGCGGCGGCGGCGGGAAGGGCGAGCAAGACGAGGGGAUGGCCUCGCCAGCGACCCCGCCGCACAGGCAGAGCCAGCAGCAGGGGCGGGGGCGGGCAGCGUUCGCUGCUGCUGCUGGUGAGGCGGAGGCCGGCGUGGCCAGCAGCCCCACCUACGACCGAUUGGGUGGGGUGGACCGCGACGACCCCUCGGAAGCCCCCGCACGGGUCCCGUCCGACGUGCUGUGGCAAAAGGGACCCAUGCUCGGCAAAGGAGCCUUUGGCACAGUGUUCGAGGCCCUCGACGUGCGCACGGGGGAGCUCGUGGCGGUAAAGGAGCUCGUCCUGCCGUCCUCCCCCUCCGGCCAGGAGGUGGGGCACGACGAAGCCACGACCUCGCGGUAUCUGCACAUCUUCAUCGAACUCAUUCCUGGCGGAUCCCUGGCCGCCUUCAUACGCAGAUAUGGGAGAUGCCGCGAACCCCUCAUGGCGGGUCUGGUGCGGCAGAUCCUGGAGGGGCUGGCCUACCUGCACGCACACGGCUUUGCCCACAGAGACCUGAAGGCGGCCAAUCUGCUGCUGGCGCCCGACGGCACCCUCAAGCUGGCCGACUUCGGAUGCUCCAAGAAGGUCGACAUCGUGUCCCUCACCCAGGGAUGCACCACCCUCACCGGCACCCCGCACUACAUGCUGGGCUCCCCGGACGCCGUGCCCACCAUCCCCGCCUUCCUCUCUGCCGACGCCCGACACUUUUUGAGCCUCUGCUUCACACGGGAUCCCACCCAGCGUCCGAGUGCGAAGGAGCUAUUGGGCCACCCUUUCCUCCGGGACUCACCCUCGCGGCCAUCUCCUCUCUUUGCCUCGACCCCGCACCAGCUGGCCUUUCAGCAAGUGCCGGCAGAAACGACAGCAAGCCGACCGCCGGCCACGGAGCACCGGGACGACGACGGCAUCGACCUCACCGACCGAUCCACCCUCAGCUCUGCCUUUCGCCUUUCCAUCGGAUUUGGCACAGUCACGGACACGAACAUGACCCCGUACGGCACAUAA